ACAUGUUUUUAAAUAUUUGUGAGAAGUUUUAAUUCAUGUUUUGCUUUCUAUUUUAUGUUAAUAUAGUCGUUAAUAUUUGUCAAAACAUCAAUAAAAUAUGAAUUUAGCUAUAAGGCAAGUGCUAACAAGACAGUCUUUUAGGCUUUGCGACAGAAUUAUUUAUAAAUCUUUACCAAAACAACUAAACAUAACCUCAUCAUGUACUGUUACACAAUUGAGGAAUUACUGCGAAGACCGCGUAGAAGCGAGGAAAUUGCCGCCUCUCAUGGAGUUCCCGCCAAUCGUAUGGCCGUCGUUUAUCAAGUUUGUUAAGAAUUGGAUGUUUUCAAAUUUUAUUAUACGACCAUACUUUGACCAAGAGUUCAGCUUACAUGAGUUUAUUGAAGCUUCAAAACACGCUGUUCAGGUUGUUUCAGAUGCCCUAACGAACAGUGACUUCAAAUCACUGGAAGGUCUAGUCGACAAAGAUGCCAUUGCCUCAUUAAAGAAUGCUGUCUCGAAGCUGUCAGUAUCACAGAGACAGCUGCUGAGUAUUCAGAAGGAAGAUAUAUUCUAUGCUUUUCCUUAUCAGGUUGGAGUUAUUUUUGACGAAUCAGACAAGCGAUGGGUGGAGAUCACUAUGUGUUACCAUGUCUUGAAGGGACUCAAAAAUAUGCAAGAUUCUGGAGAUCUUCCCCCCAUCUCCUUAGGAACACAACCAGAAUUUCAAGACAAGAUAUUCAUAUUAAACUACAGAUUUAUUAGAGAGUUCACAAAAGGAGUUGAAGACAGCUGGUGGGUUAACAUAGUUAACCAUUUCCAGCCUCAGUCGCUAAUGAAAAAAAUAUAAUCCGUCAACUUCCAACGAUAAGUCCAAACCAGUCAGUUAGCCCAGAUU